AUGAGUGCCUACCUGGCCAAGGCCAAGAAGUUGUUGGAUGAUUUCAUUGGUUAUGAAAUCAUUCAAAUUCCUCAGCUCGAGAAUGCGAAAGCUGACUCCCUUGCUCGAUUGGCAUCUUCUAUCGAUAUCGACCUGGGGAGAUCCAUCCCGGUGGAAUUCUUGGAGAAACCUAGCAUAGAGGAAGAUCACGUGGAGGUGUUCCCUAUUAGCUCUGAGCCAACUUGGAUGGAUCCAAUACAUGAUUAUCUAACGCAUGGAGUCCUACCUGAGGACAAAGCAGAAGCUCGACGUGUAUGGUAUAAGUCAUCCCGAUAUCUGAUCAUCAACAACAAGUUGUAUAAAAGAGGUUUCUCUUUGCCAUACUUGCGGUGCCUGACACCAGAUGAGGCUAACUAUGUGCUUCGUGAAAUCCACAAAGGGGUUUGUGGAAAUCACGCAGGCACUCGAUCUCUUGCUCACAAAGCCCUCAGACAAGGAUAUUAUUGGCCAACACUCCAAGCUGAUGCUCAGAAGAUUGCUCAAACUUGUCCCAAAUGCCAAGAAUACGCGGUGGUUCCCCAUCAACACCAGAGAAUUUGA